AUGCAAUCGUUCAAAGCGGUCUUCUUCAAACCGGAUCCCCAAGAACAAAAACGAAAAUGCGACGGCAUCAUUCGGAAAAACGUGCGGGCUCUAGACCGGGAUAUCACAAACCUCAAGAUCACCGAACAGAAAACAAGGACUCUGAUACUGAACGCCGCAAAGAGGGGACAGAAAAAUCCGUCUCAGGCGAAACAAGGCGCCGACGAAGCACGAAUAUUUGCUAGAGAGAUGAUCAAGGUUCGGAAGCAGUCGGCAAGGUUACACACCAGCAAAGCACAACUGCAAAGCGUCCAGAUGCAAGUGAACGAGGCAUUUUCUGUUCGCAAGAUCGAAGGCAGUCUCAAAGCCAGCACGCGCAUCAUGAAGGAUGUCAACACAUUAAUUCGGUUACCAGAGCUGACCGGAACCAUGCAAGAGCUGAGCCAGGAAUUGAUGAAGGCUGGCAUCAUUGAAGAAAUGGUUGGUGAUGCUCUACCGAACGAUGAACUGCUGGAAGGAGAAGACGAAGAGGCGGAGACAGAAGUGGACAAAGUACUGGGCGAGGUAUUGAAGGGAAGGUUGGGCACACCCGAACAGCAAGUCCCCCAGCUCCCAGUGGAAGCGGAGGAAGAAGAACCGGAAGAGGACAGAGAAGCAGAAUUGGAGCAAAUGCGAGGGAGGCUCGAGGCGUUGAAAAGCUGA